UAUUACACAAAUAUUUUUAAAAAAAGUGCAAAAAAGAAACACAUAACAAACAAAACAAAGUGCAAAUAAAAGCAACAAGCUAACAAAAAAAAAGUGCUAAAAUUCUAUAGCUAAAAUGUGGUCAAAAAAGACUUUUACAAUUUCUCAACUACUAAUAAUAGUGUUCAUAUCCUUAUGUAUCUUAACAACUACCACAAGUGCCAGCACUGAAAAUAUCUCCUCCUCUUCUGCAACGUCAACAACAACCCUGCAAAAUGCUGGCACUCGUACAGUGUUACGCAUCUAUGAUGAGUGCACCCGGGCCGAAGGUGGUUUUGUGCCAUGUCUUAAGAAAAAAGCUAUUUCCUUUAUUGAUCGCAUUUCGUAUAUUGAUGCCAUUACCGUGGCCGAUGGCAUUAAAGUUGUACGCCUACCGGGCACUUCAGUGAGUGAUCUGCCAGCUAUACGUCCCAUGUUUAGUGAAAAUGAAUUGGAAUCAUCGUUGUCGCGUUCCGGUGAAGAUCGUGACACCAAAUUAACUAAUAUGUUGGUGGAGCGUUUAAGUCAUUUCUUUAAUGGUCAUACGUUGCAAGUUAGUUUUCCGAAAUUAACUUCGGAUGAAAUUGGCCGGGGAUUGGAAGAAGGUCGUGGUAAAAUGAAGAAAAUGAUGAGCAUGAUGAUGAUGGGUAUGGCUAUGAAAAUGAUGGGUAUGCUGCCAAUUGCUAUGGGAAUGUUGUAUAUGUUGGCUGGCAAGGCUUUAAUCAUUUCCAAGAUUGCAUUGUUGCUGGCGGGUAUUAUGGGCUUGAAGAAACUACUCUCGAGCAAAUCAUCGGGCGGCAGUACCGGUUGGACUUCGGGUGGAGGCGGUGGUGGUGGCGGUUGGUCAUCUGGCGGCGGCGGUGGUGGUUGGGACAGAAGAUCACUGAAUCAGGCUCACGAUUUAGCCUAUCGCAGUUAUACAAAGCAAUUGCAACAGCAACAACUGAAACUACAGCAGCAGCAACAGCAGCAGCAGCCACAACAACAGCAGCUACAAAAGUCAUCGACAGAACAAAAAUUAUAAAAAUUAGAAGAUUUAUUUAAAAUUGUUUAAUUAUCUUAUAGAUAAUUUUCACAUAUUUUCUGUGUCUUCUUUCCAAUGACAUUUUGUAAUUAAAAUCUUCUUU